AUGGGGAGAGUGCGUCCCCGUAGCCCCAGCGCCAACGAUGACACCGCAUCCUGCAGGGUACCUCAGCCACCAGGACCCAGCGCUGCCAAGCGCCCUCGUGUCCAGGAGCCCGAGCGCCCUGAGCCCCUGGCACAGCCAGACCUGGAAGCCCCAGGGCAGCACGCCAGCGAAGAGCUUCUCUCGGUGAUGGUCGUGGCUGACGGUUGCAAUGUUCAACUACACCUGGACAGCUUCGACCUGUUGCUCGAGCCUGAGCCCAACUCUGUCCUGCAAAUGUCGCGGCAAGGACGCACUAUGAUGCUGGUCCCAGAGGGCCUCCAGGCCUCCAACCAUCUUGGACAGCCAGGCUUCUUGCCCGCCAGACCGCAGGGGGCCGCUCUCAUGGGCAUGCCCCAGGACCACCUCUUCCUCAUCCAGCCAGGAUCCUUCAGUGCCUCUGGAUCACACCGUGAGUGCUUGGAAAACGCCUCUAACCCACAUGAGGACCCUCAAGGAGGUUCCCUGAUGCCAUGGCUGAAUGCUCCAGCUGGCCUGGUGCCGGGCCUCCUUCUCUCCUAUUCCGGGGCGUCUAGCUUUCUGUUUCCGGGCCAAGCCGCAGAACCCUGGCAUCCUUCGGCCUCUGCUAGUGCAGAGAGAUAUGCUUCCCCCUCCAACUGGAGCCUCAACAGCAGCAUGCUGGCACCUCUCCCCAGCUCUCCACUGCAGCCUCUCCCUGAAUCUCCUCCUGAUCCCCAAGCACAACCCCUUCAGACUCCUCAGAGACCUUCAUGCCCUCCCUGCAAGGCCAGGAGGCGCCUCUUCUAG